AUGGAUAUAUCUAAGAGAAAAGCCAUUAUUAAAAACCUUGAAGCAGAUUGGUUAGUGUAUAAACAAACCAGAAAUAAAGUAAAUAUAGAAAUGAAAAAAGCCAAAAAGGAUUAUUACUCCAAGAGAAUUGCUGGUCAAAAACAAAAUCCAAAGGAGGCUUGGAAAACAAUAAACAACUUACUAGGCAGACAAAACAAACCAACAAAAGUAAAUGAGUUAAGUAUAAGUGGAAAUAAUUUAACAAAUUCAGAAGACAUUGCAGAGGGCUUUAACGAAUUCUUUUCAAAUAUUGGGCCUGACUUAGCUAGCAAAAUUGAUACUUCGAAUUACAAUUUUCAAGAGUAUAUUAAGAAACCUAAAUCAGAAUUCACUGCAUUUGAGUCAAUUACCACCAACAAAGUUUAUUAUCUCCUACGUGGCCUCUCUAGUGCAAAAGCCACUGGCAUUGACAAAAUUUGA